UCAUUUAUGCUCCUCAUUGGACGUAUGAUUUUGUAUGAUUCUGUAAGAGCUGUGCAAUUUCUGCACGAUUUUACCUUUUCACAAUUUUUAUAAGAGGAUUUGAGACUGUUUUCUUUUGAGUUACGUGUAUAUUUUUACAAUAACGCUAGCAGACAAGUGAAUUUUUUAAAUUUUAUAAAUUUUAAGAAUAAUGGUGACAGGACCAACUGAACAUGGAAUGCAAGCAGAUGUUAUAUUUGUCAUUGAAGGAACAGCUGUUAAUGGUGCAUAUCUUAAUGAUCUUAAAGCAAAUUAUGUUAUGCCAACAUUGGAAUAUUUCUGUCAAGGUAACAUAGAAGACAGAGAAUAUGUCUCUGAGAAUAACACAAUAUUAUAUGGGAUAGUCGUUUAUCAUGCUGCUGAUUGCUUACCAUCUCCAUGUACAGAGACUUUUGGACCUUAUUCAAAUCCUCAUAAACUAUUGAUGGCUCUAGAUAAGCUUGAAAUGGUUGGUGGAAAAGGAGAAUCUUUUGCAAACAUAGGUGAGGGUCUUGCCACAGGAUUACAGUGUUUUGAAGAUUUACAAUUAAGAAGAGAGCCAAACACAGCUUUACAAAAACAUUGUAUUUUAAUAUGUAAUUCGCCUCCAUAUCAAACUAUGAUUCAAGAAAGUUGCAAAUAUGCUGGUCAUACCAUUGAACAAUUAGCUGGCAUUUAUCAAGAAAGAAAUAUAAAUAUUUCUAUAUUAUCACCAAGGAAAAUUCCGGCAUUAUAUAAGUUAUUUGAAAAAGCCGGCGGUGAUUUGCAAUCUUCACAAACCAAGAAUUAUGCCAAGGAUCCACGGCAUUUGGUGCUUUUGCGAAAUUAUAACUUAAAGGAACGCCCUGUUAGUCCUCAAAUGGGCGGUAAUGUUCACAAUGCUGCAGCUACUGCAGCCCAAAUACCCUUGAGUCCAUUGCAAAGCAAUGACAGUCCAAAUCCUAAUCAGGUACAGCAGAAUAUCGCUCCACCGAAUCAGCAGCAAGGUCCUCCUUUCAGAAACCAAGCUCCGCAGAAUAUUACCUCCGUACAUCAGACCGUCACACCGUCUAUGGCAGCACCGAUGAAUACCGGGCGGCCGCCUUAUAAUUCUCAGAUAGCCGCACCACCAAAUUAUCAUGCGACGGCAGUGAAUAUAGCCACGAGGCCUAGGUGGUUACGACCACCAUUUAUACCGGGAGCAACCGCGCCUGCAAAUACACAAGGCAGUGCAUUAAUAGCCCAACUAACUCAACCACCUUCGUCGCUAGGACUUAACGUAGCUGCGUUUAAUCAACGAUUAGAUGUAACUGGCAAUAAUGUUAUGGCAGCUAAUCAGCAACAGCAGCAGCAACUCACACAGCAACAACAACAGUUGCGCUUGACGAUGCAACUGCAGCAGCAACAACAACAACAGCAGAAUGCACAACAGGCUACCAUGUCAAUGGCUGCCCAACCGACCCAUAACCAACCAGGAUCACAACUUACUGUGUCUUGUAUUAGUCAGUCUGUGCCUACUCAAGUACCACAGACUGUUACAGCAUCACAACAAGCUCCAGUAUCUGUAUCUUCCAUUACACAACAGAUUACACAUCCUCAAGCGCAAGGUAAUGUGUCGACUGGCACUGUACAAAAUCAACAACUUGUGCAACGCGAGCGCCAGAAUAUCUGGCAAGGUAUUGUAGAAUGGAUCGAAAAAGCCAAAAAUCCGACAGAUGCGCAGAAACAAACGCGACAUGUCCCAUGUCAAGUCUCAGCAAAUGCAAAAGAUGGAGAACCAGAAUUGAAAGCGGACACAUGGCCAUCGAAACUGAUAAUGCAACUGAUGCCAAAACAAUUAAUAGGAAGUAUUGGUGGUACCUAUCUAAAAAAUUCGAAAUCCGUUGUAUUUCAUCCGACACCAUGUGAAGCACUGGAAUCCUUAACGAAAAUGAUGACAGCUGGAUUUGCGGGAUGCGUCCAUUUUACUUCAGCGCCUUCAAGUCCAGUCUGUGAAAUAAAAGUACUUAUACUUUUAUAUACUACAGACAAAAAAACAUAUUUGGGUUUUAUUCCAAACGAUCAAACAGCUUUUGUAGAUCGUCUUCGCAAGGUUAUACAGCAGCAGAAAACAUCUCAAGCUUCUAUGAGACACGGACAAGCUAAUCCUGGACCAGGUAAUACAAUUCCCGCGCCAAUGCCAACUACAGGUGCACAAGGUGGUAUUCUUAUGUCUCAAACGAAUACUAUGGCGAUGGGUGGUGGUCAAAUAACGCAGAAUGUUGUGUCUACCAAUGCUCCUCCACAAACUUUAACUUCGACCAGUGGCCCGCAGACUCAAAUGAAUAUGCAGAAUAGCGGAAUCAGCGGUCCACAAGCAAACACUGGCGCUGGAGGUAUGAUCGGUCAACAACGUCCACCGUUUGAUGAUAUAGAAAUCGCUAGACAUCAAAAUUUACUAAAGAUCCAACAUUUGAGACAAACGUUAGAAGCUGCGCAACAGCAAGAGGCGCAGUACAAAUCUCAAUUGGAAGUAAAUAUUCAACAAAACCUCGAAGUAGCACAGCAGCAAGAAAUGCAAUAUAAACAACAACUUGAGGCGCAACAGGCACAGAGAGGUAUCAAUCCGGCAGCUGCUAUGGCUAACCAACAGGCAGGCGCUCAAAGAUUAAUGCGUCCGGUUUCCACCAACAACCUUGGUCUUAGACAUUUGUUACAACAACCACAACCUCAAUAUAGUGUUCGACAAGUGUUUGGAGUGCAACAACAAAUAGUAGGUCCAAGAGGGCAGAUAGCAACGAGACCAAUGGCACCUGGUAAUACACAAAAUCAACAGUUUGAGGAUGUAUCAAAUUACGAUUUUCUUGGUUAAAUUAUUGCUAGGUCUUAUUCUUUUUUAAGUUAAUUUUAUUCUUUUUUAAGUUUAUAUACAUAUGCAUACCAAGUAUAAGAAUAGGAAAUAAUUAUUUUAACUUUGUAUAUUUAUGAAAAGAAAUUAUAUUUAUAUAUAGACAGAAAUACAU